AGUUGUGUGUGAAGCGAUGUUUUGAAUUCUUGUAUAAAAAUGAAUAAUUUAAGUCGCCGGUGACGAGUGUUUGCGCUUUAAAAAUGUAAAAAGACAGAUCGAUUCGCAGAUGUCACAAUGGUAUCAUCAAAUCCAUUUCAAUUGACACUUGCCAUACUUAAACCUCACAUUAUUAAAUCUCCUAUCGCAUUGCAGAAAAUCAGAGAAAUCAUUCUGGUCAACGAAUUCAAGGUGGUGAAAACGCGUCGGUUGACUAUUAGUAACGAGGAAGCUGAAGACUUUUAUAGAGAGCAUAAAGGAAAAUUUUUUUACAACAGACUCCUCACAUUUAUGUGCAGUGGACCUUCAGAUGUUCAUAUUUUGGCCUCAUCCAAUGCAGUAAUUAAAUGGCGACAAUUGUUGGGCCCUACAAAAGUUUAUCAAGCUCAAUUUACAGCUCCUGAUACGAUUAGAGGAAUGUUUGGACUCUCUGACACAAGAAAUGCAGCUCAUGGAUCAGACUCUGAAGAAUCAGCUGUAAGAGAGAUAGGAGUAUUUUUUAAGGAUUUUAAUAUUGAAAAUUGGUAUCACAAUGAUAGGGUAUUUUUCCAAACUGGAAAAUUGAUCUUCGACCCGGAAUUAUUUGUACAUAGUGUAAAUAAAAGUCAUGUGUGAAUUGUUUUUUUAAGUGUACAUUGCUA